AUGGCCGGUCAAUCAACUCCCUUUGGCAAGCCGAUGCUGAAGCAUUGGAUGUUCGAUCCUGCCUAUAAGAACCUUAAUCAUGGUUCAUUUGGCGCCCAUCCGAUUCCUGUCAAAGACGCACAACGUGCCUUCAUGGAUCUCGCCGAUUUGCGGCCAGAUCCAUAUAUCCGCCGAUACCAUGCAGAGUAUCUAGACGAAGCUCGUGGAGCUGUCGCAAAGGUCCUCAACGCUCAGCAGAAUGAGUGCGUGUUUGUCAAGAAUGCGACUACGGGCGUCGCGACAGUACUUUAUAACUUGAAUCUCAAAGCGGGUGAAGCACUCGUUUAUUUUGAACCUGUCUACGGUGCUGUCGAGAAAGGCGUUGUCUCGCUACAAGAGCAUAACCCUUUCCAUUCCCGAAAGGUAUCUUUCCAGUUCCCCAUCACGGAAGAUGAGCUCGAACGCCGUUUCCGCGAGGUGAUUCGUCAAGCUCGUGAGGAGGGACUCGAGGUCCGGGUCAGUGUCUUCGAUGCCAUCGUCAGUAAUCCGGGUGUGCGGUUUCCCUUUGAACGCAUUACUGCAAUUUGUCGCGAAGAGGGUAUUUUGAGCGUCAUCGAUGCCGCGCACGGUAUUGGAAAUAUCCACCUCGAUAUGAAGAAGCUACAGCCUGACUUCUUUGUAUCCAAUUGUCACAAAUGGCUCUACACACCCCGCAGCUGUGCAGUCCUCUACACACCCCGACGUAACCAACAUAUACUCCGCACCACCAUGCCAACCUCUUGGGGAUUCAUUCCAGCGCCGGAAUCCCCCGAAACUAUGGCCUCUGUCCUUGAUGACCCCAAUGCCCCCGUCUCAAAGACUGCCUUCGAACGUCUUUUUGAGUUUGUCGCCACCAGUGAUGACUCUGCCUACAUCUGCAUCCCAGCAGCGCUGAAAUUCCGCGCCGAAGUUUGCGGAGGCGAGGAUGCUAUUAUUGCCUACACCCACCGUGUUGCAAAUGAAGGUGCAGAUGCUGUUGCUGCCGCUCUCGGCACUGAUGUCAUGCAAGAACCAGGUCUGAAGCCUGGCCAGGAGAGCCGUAUGCGCCAGUGUGCCAUGACUACGGUCCGGCUGCCUAUUGCUGUUGCUCCUGCCGAUAAGGAGGCUAAAGCUUUUGACAGCAUUCCUUUGGUUGUCUUGUCUGAGGAAGAAACCCCGAAGGCAUUUUCUUGGAUCCAGACGCAGCUUUUGGACAACCAUAACACUUUCCUGCCAGUUUUCCGCCAUGGGUCUUGGUUAUGGACUCGUUUGAGCGGCCAGACUUACUUAGAGACGAGUGAUUUCGAAGCUAUUGGAAUUGUCUUACGCGAUCUUUGUGAACGGGUUGCAAGGAACGAGUUCAAGGCUUGA